GUGGUAUUGUGGGGUUUGCCAAAAGCGUUUUCUUACCAGGACUGCCACAUCGUGAUGAUGAAAAUAUUUUUGGCGGGCAGAUCGCCCCCGCCUCAGAUAUUUUUUCAGUUUCUGAUUUUUCGGUUUCGCCCUGGAGGAACGAUGUGGCUGCCGUUGACCCUCGGCUCCUGCCGGCUGACGCUACCGCUGGCCGAUCGCAAACAAGAUACCAUCUCUCGCCCGAUCAGGGGUACUAUUUCAUUUGCCUGUUGGUCGACUCGACGAUUCGGUCAUUAAAUGCAUCCGGGCGUAGUGGCUGUCACGAUGCUGGUGCGUAUUUGGUGGAAGGCGGCCGGGGGAACGCUACCCUGGGAACUGCCGCUGGAGCUGGACCGCAGCACCGACAGCAACCGCAGCAGCCGGGCAGCAACAGCCCCUUCCUCGACCACGAACAAGACUACCCAGGAGACGUGGAAAGAGACAACUCAAGUUCAUCGUGGAGUCAGGAGCACAGUUCCUAUAUCGAGGAGGAUUCCUUUGACCGGUCUGCUGAUGUCGACGAUCUACAUUCCGAAAGCAGCGCUGUUGCGGCCACGCGGCGACAGCGACAUGAUUUGCCAACCUCGCCAGGGGCGGCGAACGGUAGGGUGAACGACAUAGCCACGGGGAGCCCGAGC